AUGACACCAGCAGCCUUAAGGUGUGUCAUGACACCAGCAGCCUUGAGGUGUGUCAUGACACCAGCAGCCAUGAGGUGUGUCAUGACACCAGCAGCUGUAAGGUGUGUCAUGACACCAGCAGCCUUAAGGUGUGUCAUGACACCAGCAGCCUUAAGGUGUGUCAUGACACCAGCAGCUGUAAGGUGUGUCAUGACACCAGCAGCCUUAAGGUGUGUCAUGACACCAGCAGCCCCGAGGUGUCAUGACACCAGCAGCCUUAAGGUGUGUCAUGACACCAGCAGCUGUAAGGUGUGUCAUGACACCAGCAGCCCUGAGGUGUGUCAUGACACCAGCAGCUGUAAGGUGUGUCAUGACACCAGCAGCUGUAAGGUGUGUCAUGACACCAGCAGCCUUAAGGUGUGUCAUGACACCAGCAGCCUUAAGGUGUGUCAUGACACCAGCAGCUGUAAGGUGUGUCAUGACACCAGCAGCUGUAAGGUGUGUCAUGACACCAGCAGCACUGAGGUGUGUCAUGACACCAGCAGCCUUAAGGUGUGUCAUGACACCAGCAGCCUUAAGGUGUGUCAUGACACCAGCAGCCUUAAGGUGUGUCAUGACACCAGCAGCCUUAAGGUGUGUCAUGACAUCAGCAGCUGUAAGGUGUGUCAUGACACCAGCAGCCUUGAGGUGUGUCAUGACACCAGCAGCCUUGAGGUGUGUCAUGACACCAGCAGCUGUAAGGUGUGUCAUGACACCAGCAGCUGUAAGGUGUGUCAUGACACCAGCAGCUGUAAGGUGUGUCAUGACACCAGCAGCCUUAAGGUGUGUCAUGACACCAGCAGCCUUAAGGUGUGUCAUGACACCAGCAGCUGUAAGGUGUGUCAUGACAUCAGCAGCCUUAAGGUGUGUCAUGACACCAGCAGCCUUAAGGUGUGUCAUGACAUCAGCAGCUGUAAGGUGUGUCAUGACACCAGCAGCCUUGAGGUGUGUCAUGACACCAGCAGCCUUGAGGUGUGUCAUGACACCAGCAGCUGUAAGGUGUGUCAUGACACCAGCAGCUGUAAGGUGUGUCAUGACACCAGCAGCCUUGAGGUGUGUCAUGACACCCGCAGCCCUGAUGGUUGUAGUGUGUCAUGA